UCACCUGUGGUUUUCGUUGUUUGGGAGACCCUUAAGGAACAUAUAUAUAAGAUGUCUCUCAACCGCUCGUCCUGUCCUGUGCUCAUGUAACAGCUGACAGAAACCUAUCUGAUGCUUCUCAAAAUUUACCAACAAAAAAAAAAAAAAAAAGAACAAGAAGGGCAGCCUUCCAAAUGCUCUGUAUUUCCGCUUUUGUAGUUCCAGUAUAUAGCCCAACAAAUAGUUUCCCGGCCAGGUAAGAUUUCUGCCAUCUUGAAAGAGGGAAAGAAGAUGGACAUGUUCUGGGACCCAAUUAUCAAGCAGGCCAAGAGAUUCUGGAAUGCGUGGGACAUUCAGACUUUGGUACUAUUGAGCCUUACCUUCCAAAUCAUCCUUUUGGCCUUUGGCCGUCGCCGGAGUUACAUCACGGGAUUCUUGAUCAGACUCACCGUUUGGUCGAGCUACUUAAUGGCAGGCUGGGUCGCUACUGUUGGUAUCGGUAAGCUUAGCGACAUUAGCGUCGGCGACCCUAGUUUACCCGAUACAAACACUUCACUUAAGGCCCUUCUUGCCCCAAUUCUCUUGCUGCACCUAGGAAGCCCCGACACCAUUACUGCCUAUUCGAUUCAAGAUAAUCAGUUGGGGGCGAGAGAAAUAGUUGAAACAGUUGCCCAAGCGGGUCUAGUUAUUUGGAUUCUCAUCAGGUGCUGGACUUACACUAGCCUCUCAUUCCUAACCUUGCCAAUGUUUCUGGCCGGGUUCAUCAAAUACGGCGAGAGGGCAUGGGCUUUGAAAUCUGCUCUUGACCAGGAGGCGGGCAUGGCCAUUUCAAGGAUCGAUGAAGAGAAUGCCUUCCAUGUGAUGUUUAGCAACUUACCUCAAGAUAUUCAUGGAGCAGAUCUAAUUCUAAAAGCAUUUUACCGCUUCGACCGCAUAAAACCACAUUUGAAAAAUUGGAUCUACCACCCAUUGUACAUCUCCUUUCCCUCGUUAUCGAUAGAGGAUUAUUCACCUAUUGAGGUUUUCAAGAUUACCGAGAUCGAACUAGGACUCAUGUACGAUGCCCUCUAUACAAAAACGCCCAUUAUCUACACUAAGCUGGGUUUUAUGCUCCGUUUUCUUACUUUUUUGUGCAUUGUAUUGACCUUUUCCGGAUUUGCAGUGAUGUUCAGCAAAGACUUCUUGCAUCGCAAGAAUGUCACCUUCACUUUUUCGGUGUUGGCUAUAGCCUUGAUCCUUGAACUGUAUUCGGACUUGAAACUGCUCUUCUCAGACAGGGCAAUAAUAUGGGCAAUCGGACACCAUCAUCAACUGCGAAUGGAAAGACUCCUUCACUUUCUAGUCCAAUUCUGUCUGGCAAAGCAAAGAUGGUCGAAUCGCUUGCCUCAGUUCAAUCUCCUUCGUUUUUGCCUCAAGCCUGAUUCGAGCAGCUUAAUAUCUAUGAUCGUGAAAUGCUGUUGCCUCGAAGAAGAAUGGAAGAAGUACAGAUUCCUGGCAUACAAGGAAAAAGUUCCUAAAGAGCUGCAAGAACUUGUACUCCAUGAGAUAAAGGCAGUGGAACGUCAACGAGGCAUUAAGCCCUUCACUAAAAGAGGUGAAUGGGCGCUCGAGAGGCACGAUUGCUGCCAAGAACUGCAAUGGAGCAUCCGUACGGAGUUCGGCAGGAGUAUCGCCAUAUGGCACGUUGCCACCAGCAUUUGUCACCAUCUAGAUGAGGCCGACACAAGCGGAGAAGCUUCACUUAAGGACAUGAGCAAAUGGGUCUCAGAAUACAUGAUGCAUCUCCUGGUUAAUCUCCCCGAAAUGCUAUCAGUCCCUUCUGGGCACGUUAUCUAUAAGCAUUUAUCCGAGGUCAUCAAGUUGUCACCGGAAAUGAAGGACGAACAUUCAGCCUGCCGAUUCCUACAUACGGAUCAACCCCACGACGGUGCGGCCCGAAAGCGAAAAGAUCCUGUGGUUGAACUAGGGUGGCUCAUAUUGCCUGAUGCACAGGAACUCUCAGUGAAAUUGAUGAUGCACAGAGAUAAAAAAUGGGAAAUCAUUAGCAGUGUGUGGACAGAGAUGCUGUGUUAUGCUGCAUAUAACUGUGAUUUUGAUACCCAUGCACAGCAGCUGAGGAGAGGUGGGGAGUUCAUUACUCUCGUUUGGCUCCUCCUAGCUCACCAGACUGACAGGUUCAACUUGGGCAAGUGUGGUUAGAAAACUGAUUGAUUGAUUGAUUGAUUCAUGUGUUGUGAUUAUAACUGGUUG